GACUAGAAAAAAAAAAAAAGAACAACAACGAAACAAGAUUCGACGACGAUCAAAGAAACGAGAAGCUACAUCACGGUUGCGCGAGUGUCGCGAGGGGACCGCGACAACGCGUUCAAUUUCCUACAUGGACUAUUGCAAUGUUUACCUCUUAGCGUGAGUGGAGAGGGAGAUAUAGAGGCUUGGUCGUCGCGUUAAGCCGUAUCGUUAACCAGUCGCACACGGCCGUCGAGGAAGUGCGGUUCUCCUCAACCACGGUCCGUCUUCGCGUGUUGACCGUCGCCAGUCUCGGCGUCGCGCUUUAAUUCCCGUCUCGAAUCUCACCUAGGCCCUGUCCACGCGAGACGAGAGCCUUUCACUUAUUCGAAACCAACGCGCGUAUACUCCGCAUGGAACGUGCAUGGAACAGAGCAUAUCGAUAUAUAAUCAAUGUUGCAAUCCAGUAUGUAAAUAUAGUAUGACCCGAGGCGUUUCGAGAUAACGUAAUUAAAUAUAGAACCAUCGACUGGUCCACCAUUUGGCCAGACCAUUCGAAAUUUCACCGUGUGUGCUGGGAGUGAAUCACGAUCGUAAACGAGCCGUUCGGUCGCGAUCAAACGGCGUAAUUGCGGCCGCAAUAACGCGAGAAAAAAAGCAACUCCGCAGUUUCCGCGGAAGACACGAGGCUCUCGUUCACGUAACUCGAUUGUCCGCGGCGGAUACACUCGUUAUUUGCCUGGACGGUUUAAAGAGCGUCGGUGUGCGUCGGCGUGGAUGCGUUCGGACAAGCCCUGACGCGGUUGAAACGAGGAAGAGGAACGACGAGAGGUUGGGAAGUGAAGCGAAGCCGCAGGCUAGAGUUUGGCCACGUGUACGUCUGACCGCUUGAUGAUUCAUUGGCGAAGCUUUCCGAUCAUUAGACGACGGAACACGUAAAAAGAUACACGUUGCGGAUCGGUCGUUAAAGGGACUGGCGUUUGGGAAUUUAUUCCGUAGAAACGAGUCGGAGUCGCGACUUUUCCUUCCGCGCGAUGUUUAAAGGGACCCCGGAGGACCCGAAAAUAUUUGUUUUAGUAAUCCUUUCGGUGCAGUGCUCCCAAGUUUUGAGCCUCGAAGAAAAAGUAGCGUACAGAAAAUUGUUGCCAUUUUUGUACUAUUAAACCAGGCAGACUCGCGGCCAUCCGUCGACGUGUUCAAAGCAAUUUCUUUUUCGGUUUGGAGCCGAGCCAAGACGCGAUUCUACGCCACGGACGCAAAGGUCUCGGCGUCUCGUAUCGGAUUCGAUCGUUCUUUUCUCUGGACUCUCGAGUCUGACACAAAGUCGCGAAUAGUACUCGAGGAGAUCCUCGAUUCUGCAGAGACGAGCGAGAUUCUUAUCUGGAUAGAAAUUACACGUUAGGAAUAAAAUGGGAACGCCUAUUUAAGAACCUUUAAUAACACCGACGGACAAAUAUUAUUAUUCAACACGCGAACGCAGCGUCGGGAGUGUAGAAUAUUAAAUUUUCAGAAUAAUUAAUCAUUCGAAACUGUCGCAUGGCGUUCGUUAAAAUAUAGAGAAAAUACAUAAACAUAUGCGGUAUUAUAAUAUUCAUAAAACAGGAAGACAGGUAAGCUGGAGAGUCGAAACGAGUGCAGGAAGGAACGUCGCGAGUGAAUGAAAGUGUCCAGAAGGAGAUUCCAAGAUUAAAAGAAUUCUGAAGAAAGGAGAUAUCAGCCACACUCGAGACAACGAGUUCAUCGACGCAGAUAUAGUUUGCAGACAUAUUUUCAAACAGACUCUUCAUUCGAAUGACUCUUCAUUCAUUUAUCAAUACGCGAGUGUCCUAUUAGUAUACAAAGGACGUAAAAUUCCAAAGUUGUCCUCGAAGUCCGGGACCCAGUCGACCACCUAACAAUAUCUUCGAAGAAAGGAACAAACGUCACGGGACAAUGUUGGCAUUCUACGGUCGAGGAGGCGAAACAAACUCACCUAGUCACGACACGGUGUAGCAAUUAGACGCGGACAGGUGGUCGCGUGUGUACAGAGGAAGAAACCGCUUAUCACUUACGUAACGCAGUCGGAGAGGUGAACUAAUGAUCCGCUUAUGCAUCGGCUCGAUGUAUGAGGCAAAAUUCUGUUCGAAAUAAAACUGCAGGGACUUAUGCAUCACCCCGAGACAUUCUUCGUUACUUUCUUCUGGGAUCGUGAAGAACAUCAUGGACAAAUCUCUGAGCGACUCGAGCUCAUCCAUUUCCAAGGAAGAUCAGAGCGUUCCUCGCAAAGAUAUCGACGACUGCACGAUACUUCCAAAGGACGAACUCGGAACAGAGGAACACUCGGAGGACAGAGAAUCGUCGGGGAACGAUCAGCCCGCAGAGAUCGAAGCUAGAUCCCACGAGCCCCGGGGGGCUCCCAAGACCCCCAGACGUGGCCUGAAGAGACGAGACAGGGUGGGCGACAAUGCUAAACAAACGCUGGACUCGGAGAACACUGGAAGAGUUUCUUCCAAGAAGAAGUCGACCGAGGAGAUCGUCGAGAGCAGGUGGAGGCGAUUUUGGGAGAGCAAUCGGGACAGGUUCAAGCACAAACCCGAGGAAGACGUGGGGAAGUAUCGAGCUGCGGAGGAUGUCGCUGCUGAAGCUGACGCUGUUUUUCGCGAGGCCAUCGAGGCGAUGCGAUUCGACGAGACUUGCGACGAGAGGAGUGAAGAGUCGUCGAAUAGAACCAAGCCAUUCAUCGGCCGAGAAGACCGCGAUGGCUCGGAGGUUCUGGCAGCCGAUCAAGGGGUCUUCGAAAACAGACCCGAAGAGGAGGAGAAAUCGAGCAAUGCGGAAAAAGACGAAAAUACCGCGAAGGUGUCGAUGGUGUCAUCGGAAAGUAAUUUCUUCGUGGCCCUCUCGGCUGAAAAGCACGCGGAGAUCCGUAACGACCCAUCUUCCAGAAGAUGGAGCUCCCUGGAGAACCUGAGGGCCAAGAUGGAGAAAGCGGGAUCGUUCGAGUCGAAGAUCUGUCGGUCGGUGGAGGGCCUGUCGAUCGAGAAGCCAGCAAAGAUCAAAGAGAAGAGGACGAUCGGGUCGCUCAAGUCCUCGUUCGAGAGGAAAAUGGGCUCCGUUGAGAGGAUGCUGGAGGAUCACAUGGGGAGGAUCCUGGAAGAGAACGUCGAGAAGCAUCCGUGGCUGUUGCCUAUCGAGAGUUGGAUCGUCGAUCAUUGCAAGCCCGGCGCGAGUCAAGAAAGACGCGACGAAGAGUCGGCGAAGAGAUCCAACGAGUCUCCAAGUUUCGAGGUUAGGUUCGCUACGAUAGAGGACGAGCAGAGGGCGGAGGGCAGGGCUGAGAUCCUGAAGAGGGCCAAGAGGCCCGAUUCUCCGAAGCCGGAUAAAUCGGAGAAGAGGAAGCCCGAGCUGCCGUCGAAAGUCGAGGACUCCGGUCCGGCGAAGGUCGAGGUCCCUCCGGAGUCGAAGGACGCCAAGCAUCAGGAUCUGUUUGAUAAGCUCAGGGACAAUGUUAAGGAGAAAAUGGAGGACAUUCAUAGGUACUUCCAACGGACCAAUCGAUUGGCAGACGUAAAUAGACGUCUGAAGUCUCAAAUAUGGAGCUCCGUAGUGACGAUUGUUCUCGUCGAGGCGAAGAAUCUGCUCCCAAUGGAUAUAGACGGGCUGUCGGAUCCCUACGUCAAGUUUCGACUGGGGACAGAGAAGUACAAGUCAAAGGUGGUGCACAAGACCUUGAACCCGAUCUGGUUGGAGCAGUUCGACCUGCACCUGUACGAAGACCCGUACCUGGGCCAGGAGCUGGAGGUGACGGUCUGGGACCGCGACAAGAGCCACCAGGACGACUUGAUGGGUAGAACGGUGAUCGAUUUGGCGACGCUGGAACGGGAGACCACCCAUCGGCUCUGGCGUGACCUCGAGGACGGCUCCGGUAGCAUAUUCCUGUUGUUGACGAUCAGUGGCACCACGGCCAGCGAGACCAUCAGCGACUUGGCCGCUCACGAGGAAACGCCACGCGAGAGAGAGCAAUUGUAUCAGAGGUACGCUGUGUUCAACACGCUGCAGAGGAUACGGGACGUUGGUCACCUGACAGUGAAGGUGUUCAGAGCACAGGGCCUGGCUGCGGCUGAUUUGGGAGGAAAGAGCGACCCCUUCUGCGUCCUCGAGUUGGUGAACGCCAGGUUACAGACCCAGACAGAAUACAAGACGCUCGCUCCAAACUGGCAGAAGAUCUUCACCUUCAACGUGAAGGACAUCAAUUCGGUGCUAGAGGUGACCGUAUACGACGAGGACAGGGACCACAAAGUAGAGUUUCUUGGCAAGGUCGCCAUACCGUUGUUGAGGAUCAGAAACGGAGAGAAGAGGUGGUACGCGUUGAAGGACAAGAAGCUGAGAGGUCGAGCCAAGGGGAACUCGCCCCAAAUCCUCUUGGAGAUGAACGUCGUGUGGAACGUGUUCAGGGCCUGCGUUCGAACGCUAAAUCCCAAAGAGACGAAAUACAUGGAGCCUGAGAUCAAGUUCAAGAGGCAGGUCUUCCUGCGCAACGUCCUCAGACUGAAGGCCAUUAUCAUUAUCUUCAUCGACAUCGGAAAAUACGUUCAGAGCUGCUGGGAAUGGGAGAGUAAAAUGAGAAGCGUCAUCGCGUUGGUUUUUUUUGUUCUGUGCUGUUACUAUUUCGAGCCUUACAUGAUCCCCGGCGCGGCGCUACUUAUUCUGUUGCGAUAUUAUCUGCUUUACGGAGAUGGAAGUGGGCUGAAUCAAUGGAUUUCCGGACAGGUCGCGGCGAUAACUGGCACACCGUUGACGCAUCACACGGGCUCCCAUUUCCACGACGACGGGGACGACGGUCCAACCACGCCGGGGGAUGACGACGACGACGACGACGACAAAGAUAAGGAAGAGAAGAAAAGUCUGAAGGAAAGGUUGCAAGCGAUACAGGAAGUGACCCAGACCGUUCAGAAUUCAAUCGGCUACAUAGCCAGCCUUUGCGAGAGGGUGAAGAAUCUCUUCAAUUUCACUGUCCCCUAUCUCAGUUACUUGGCCAUAAUGCUGGUGAUUCUCGCGGCCGCCGUUCUGUAUUUCAUCCCCGUCAGAUACCUUAUCUUGGCGUGGGGAGUCAAUAAGUUCUUCAGAAAGAUCGUACGGCCUCACUCCGUUCCGAACAACGAGGUUCUCGAUCUUGUGUCUCGAGUGCCCGACGACGAGGAGCUCCUCAAUUACAGGGAGUUGAAACCACUGUCGACGGCAGACUGCGAGAAGAGCGGUCCCUCGGGCAGCCCGGGCCACUCGAACCUGACGAGGAGGGAGCAGAGGAAGAGGCAGAAGGCCGCGUAGCAGAAUGCCCCGCGGCCGGAAGUCGCGGGUCUACGAUCACCGAGCAUCCUGAGGACCGUCCUGCUGCGCCGGAAGCCGCGACAGCGCAAGGGCUCAGCGGAGAAUUCGGAUGUGAUCGACAUGGACUGAGAAACCUACGUUUCCAUUUGUAGAGUUCUAACUAGAGGGGAUGCCUGAAAACUAUAGUUCCCGCUAUCUCUGAUCGAGUACGAACACCCCCUCUGCGUGGUAUGCCUUGGAUGUGACUGUUGCACGGUGGUCAAGUAUCGAUGGUCCAGUUCACGAAUAUCAACGCCUCCCAAUCGUGGGAGGACUUCCGCGUUGGUAUCCGGAGCAGAGGUUCCUGGUUAUGCGAAAUUCAGACAAAUUGUUUCGUGUAACGGUGUCAUCUUAAUGUAGGAACACACUGGGCACUUGCUCGGGGGCUCCAUAAAUUAAGGGGCUCUAUGUCAAUGCAUGAAGUUUCCCAUUGGCCCUGGAAUAUUUUUUUUUUUAAUCUAUCUUGUUUGAAUAAAAUGAAUCGCAAUGCGCCGAUUUACCAAGGGGUGCCAUAAAUUAAGGGGCCCUAUGUCAGUGCGUGAGAUUCGCUGAAAUUUGCCAUUGGUCCUUGAAUCUUGUUUUUUUAAUCUGUCAUGUCUGAAUAAAAUGAAUUCCAAUGCAUUACCCAGGAGUCUCAUAAAUUAAGGGGUCCUUUUUUUUUUAAUCUGCGAUGUCUGAACGAAACAGAUUCAACCAUACUAUUAAGACGGGCUUGCGUAUAACCAGGGAUCGCUGCGCCACUGGUUCUCCACAAAUAUACGAUGUCGAAAUCGCUUAAAAUUGUUAUAAUCGAACGCUACAUAUUUACACCGACGGUUCAAAGAUUACAAUGUGAUAUUCGAAACUGUAAAUUUCGCACGUUCGUUUGACGAUUUCUCCGGGUCAUACCACGCAGAAAUUGUUGUUAGUUUUUUCUUUUUCUUUUCAUCUAGGUAAUCAUAUCGAAAUACGAUUGUGAAUCAGAUCGGAUUAUUCACAAAAAUACGCAGCAGUAUGAAGCUGUUGGGCCACCGUUGGCUAAGACGAAUCCGUGUGUGAUAAGGUUGCCGAGAGGGAAGUCGAGUCGGUCACAGUAUCGCGUGUUUGUUAUCCUGCGUUGGUUUGCGCGAUGAAUGAAUCUAAAACCUCCGUUUCGUUCGUAUUUGUUUGCCCCGCGAACGUUCCGCGACAGAAAUGUAUGUAUCCUUUCUGGGAAUCCGAGAAAUCACGGCAGACUCCCACGAGACGAGUUUACGGAAGAAAUAAACUUACGUCAGCGGCGCCAGAAGAGGAAAUAAACGUGAUUUCUCGGAGCGUUUGACCUCCUUGUCGGCAAGCCAAGCAGCAGAGCUGGGCAACAUUCUAUUCGACUAUCAAAUUACAAAUAAAACCAAAGUAUAGCGGUGCAUUCGAUCGGUAAAAUUUCGAAUGAUCUCGCAGUUGAAAUUGUAAUUUUUACGGAGUAACCUAUAAACAGUCUUCUGUGAUCACUCCAGAUUUUCUCGUGGAUAACUAUUUUGCCCAUCCCUGCCAGGCGAAUCGUGAGAGAAGCGAGUCGACAAAACGUUUCUGAAAGUAUAUCCCGUUCGAACGGGACGAGCGCGUUUCCGACGUAUCGAAACAAACGGGAAACGUGUGUAUCUUUUCUUUUCUUCCUUUUUCUUAUUGCAAUGGAUUAGCUAACAAUAAUCGACGGAGAAGAGGCAACAUAGAUUAUGUAACAAACGCGAGAAUAAUUCCCGCCUAGGGUUAUCCUCGUCGAUCCGUUUCGUCCAUCGGUGUCGUAGAUAUAGCUGCUGAAGAAACAAAAUGAAAGACAAAGAAAUCGUUACCAGUGGGUAAGAGAUAUAAAGGGAUAAAGAAGUUAAAAUAAAAAAGACAAAUAGCGUUGUUUCGGGCGACAGUCUCGCGAAUUCGCUUAGCGAGCUGUUUCCGUUUCAGGGGCGACGGGUAAACGAAUAAAACGUCGCGCGUAUGGGAACCAUAGACGGCCAACAUUUGUUCACUUUCUACGUUCACUCGAUCAGCCAGUUGUUAGCUUUCGUUUCAUUAAUGGAAUCGCAAUUUUUGCGAAACUAAUCUUUUACUCGUCGUUCGGAAAUCUCGUCUAGAUAAAUAUUUGUCCAUCUCUGGUUCGAUUUACGAUGGUUAUUCGUCGUUCGUGAAACGAAAUGUUAGUCUUACCGUCGGGGAACGUCCCGAUGUUAUUCUCUUUAAUAGUGUUUAAUAAUUAUCGAAUUCUUCGUUCCAACGCACACGUUCACGCGUUAGGCGAUCUCCUCGAGCAUGGCGACACAGAAUGCGGAUGAAGCGAGUGUCUUCGUUUAUGAAACAUUUAAUAACCAUUUGGGGGUCGCGUUCGAAUCACCGACAACGAGGGUGUCGAUUGUCUUUCCAGUCUGUCAAAAGAUUGUCGGUGAUUUCAACGUGAUCUGUUAUCGUUACACAGGACGGACCACGUGAUAUGUUCAAUUCUAUUGUACUUAUCGUUAGUAGAUUGUAAAUUCUUUGUAUACAGCUCUACAGGGUGCUCCAUAAUUAGUGUAAGAGCCGAAAAUGGGGUGUAUCGUUUAUUAAUGAAAAACCGUCGACCAAUCACAGCUGUGCUCUCGCGGCUGAGCGCUCGCUACUCGGGCGCUGCGAUUGGUCGGCGGUUUUUCGUUAAUAAUUCAAGAACAAAGCAUCGUAUAGCAUUUUUGCAAAGGAAAUUGUCGUUCCGAAUCAUCUCAGCUACCCUCAGACACCCUGUAUAAUCUUCUUUGCCUGUCAUUUAGCAAACAGUGACCUUCGAAUGAACCUGAACAUAACGAUCGCAGAACAGACAAGAACCAUGUAGCUACCAUACACGUCCGUACGAAAAAUGUCGAGCUUUCCAGUGACAAAAAAAACAAUGAAAUCGAACGAAUUACGUGGACCGUAUCCGCAUAGUCCAGAGUACAAUGAAGCGUUUUCAGAAUAAUAAGGAACAUAUCAAACCAUCUUCCCCCUAAAAAGAUUAAUAAUGUUACGAAUUCGUCGUAGAACUUUCUCGGAUAAUACGUCGUGUAGCCAUCGUUGAAAAUUAAAGAAGAAAUCGCCGAAGAAACGGCGCGGCGACGCGUACGGUUGAAAAUAACGAACGAUAGAGGUAAAAGUUUCUUCGGCGAGUAGGGUUACUAUUUUUAUAAAGGUAAUUGCCAUUGUUAUUCUCGCGACGACGGUCGCAGGCUUGGUCGUCGAUUAGAUAACGUUCCAGGGACUGCUCUCUGUGACUUUCUUCGUUCUGGAUAUUACGCUACCGUUUUUUCGCGCCACUUUAUUCCUACGCGAUUGCGCAAUCCCCGUCGUCGUUGUAAACGCAACAAAAAGAAGAGAGAGAGAGAGAGAGAGAGA